AUGUCGAAAUGCUUCUUCAAAUGCCUCAAGUGCUUGUUCUUCUUCUUCAAUGUCCUUUUGUUUCUGGUGGGAGGUGCAAUGUUCAGCAUAGGCCUCUGGAUUUUGAUCACCAAGAGCGCCUACGUUUCCCUCCUGCAGUCUGUUUUCGACUCCUUCCAAGGCCUGCUGUACAUCUUCAUCGCAGUGGGCGCUCUCGCCAUGUUUCUCGGCUUAUGGGGCAGCCUCGGACUCUACUUUGGAGUAAAAUUCGCUCUGAUCGCCUACAUCCCGCUCCUGAUCGUCAUUGUCAUCUUCCACUUUUUCCCUGGCUUGUUUAUCAAACAGCAAAAGACGGAAGACAACCUCAACAAGAAUGUCCUCAGCCUCAUCCACAACUAUAACCCAAUGGACCAAGCCAACCAGCACAAAGAGAUAGCUUUGGAUUAUGUCCAGGUCAAACUGGCUUGUUGUGGCUGGACCGGGCCGGAAAAUUGGAAAAACAACACCUUUUUCCAGGAAAAAAUGGGAACCUACCCAUGUUCUUGCAGCGACCACCCAGCCAGCUUCCAACCGGCGCUGGGCGUCUGCCGGUUGAACACCGUUUCCCCUAAAUCUGUGGCGAGCGACUGGCCUGUGAAAAAACAGGGAUGCCGUACGCUUGUGCAAAAGUGGUUCAAGAAAGUGGCGGACGCCCUUUUCCUCGUGUCCUUCGUCGUGAUCGCCUUCGAGAUUCUGGGAAUUGGUCUUGCGUUUUACAUUUGCGCAGGCCGGAACGUGUAUGCUGUAGGCCACGGCUGA